AUGUCUAUCAGACUAGGUUUUCUUUCAGACUUUACGCAGGCUCGAUAUGUGAUUCAUCUUUCGGAUGGUAAACGGCUGGUGCUCUUCCGUUUACCUUCAAUUGAGCCCUCCGCAUCCGGAUUCACAUCCACGGCCACAGCCACAGCCACAGCCACAUGCACACGCAGGGCCAACGAAACGUCAGAUGGAUGGUCGUAUUACGCUAUGGAGGCAGAAUGCCCUCAUGCCGGGGGUCCGCUGGAAGAAUCCCACGUUGAUAUUGAAGAUUCCGCCUACGUGGUGUCAUGUCCCUGGCAUGCGUAUGACUUCAACGUGGAGACGGGGGAGUCGAGUGUUGGGAUUAAAACGUGCACGUUUCCGGUGGAGAUUACGGAUGAGGGUGUGUUUUUGCAGUAUAGCUUAAGCGGCGUGGUGCUGGGCAAGGUAGAGCCUGUCAGCGAGAAGGUCAUGUUGAAGAACCGCGAGAAGCGCAAGAAGAGGAAGAAGAAGAAGCAGCCUGAGGCCACGGCGGCUACGAUUGAUACUGAUAUCGAUAUGUCCACUGCAGCUUCUGAGGCUAUGGAUGGAGGAGUCGAAGAAGGCGAAGAAGUAGAAGAGGAUGCCAACAGUAUCCCUCACUAUCUUGACGAACACGCUACAUUCUGCGAUUGGGCUGUCCACAUCCUAAACACAGCCAAUCCAGAACACAAAAUCGAACUAACCACCCAUCUCUUCUCUCUCUUCGCUCAAAAGGAAACCUCUCCCACCCCCAUGCCCCUAGGGCGGGGAACCGUGGCUCCUCCAGACCAGCCGCCCCGCCCAGAGAACCUAUCCGAAGUCAACCCCUGGGAAACCCGCAAACCAGGCCGAGGCGGCAACCUCAAAAGCCGCAUCGCCAUGCUCCACGCGCUCGCCAACAUCGAGCUCUGGGCCAUCGAUCUCGCCAUCGACAUCUGCGUGCGCUUCUCCGCCUUCCAAACAAACACAGAUCCCCAAAAGCACCUCCCCCGCACCUUCUUCCACGACUUCCUCAAAGUCGCCGCGGACGAAGCGAAACACUUCUCCCUCCUCCGCGCGCGCCUCGAGCAACUAGGCUCUCACUUCGGCGCGCUCCCCGUCCACCACGGCCUCUGGCUCUCCGCCACCGAGACCGCGCACGACAUCCGCGCGCGCAUCAGCAUCAUCGCGCUCGUGCACGAGGCGCGCGGGCUAGACGUCAAUCCCAUGACGAUCCAGAAGUUCCGGAAUGCAGGCGACGCGGAGAGCGUGGCGACGUUGGAGAUUAUUCAUAACGAUGAAAUCACGCAUGUUACCACGGGGCAUCGGUGGUUGACGUGGAUUUGCGAGCAGGAGGGGACGGAUGCGGUGCAGGUGUUUCGGGAGAAUGUGAGGAGGCAUUUCAAGGGGGCGCUUAAGGGGCCGUUUAAUGUAGAGGAUCGGGAGAGGGCGGGCAUGGAUAGGAGGUGGUAUGAGGAGGGCGGUGGUAGUAGUAAUCCUAACGUGGCGGUGGUUUCAUGA